AUGAGUGUGCUCGAAAGCACUUUCACCACUUUCGCCCAACUCCGGGACGCCCUUGUCUCUUCGUAUGUCGAACAGGGCCCCUCCGGUGAUUAUCGUCAACAGUUCUGGGUCGGUGCCUGCCGCCCGUACCUGCACUGCGACCAGGACGAACUCCACGUGUCUGACACGACUCGUCUCCUAGCGGCGCAACGAGGAGCCAGAGGCCAGUCGCUGGGCAAAGAUGCCGUCUACUGCACGCGUUGCGUUCCCCGAGUCAUCCACGAUCUGGACGGACCCGGUUACCUCCCAUUGGACGAGAGCGACUGGGACUCCAGCGGCUUGAGCAGCACCGACCUAGGCAGGCGAACUUGGCUUAACGAGAUGCGAAACGUCAAAUACAUUUUGCGUACAGGCGCAGCCACACAAGUGAAUGUGUGGAGGCAUACCUUGCCUUGGACGGCCACCUGCAUACCAAAGACGGGUGCACUUCCGUUAUCACCCGAAGGCAACGAGACCAUCCUACAGACGAUAGCGACAGCCAUCGCCGACAAGCGGCUGAUUAAUUUAGGAGUCAUGUUACAGUAUUAUCGACUCUCACGAAAAAUGGUAAAGACAAUCAGACUACAGAUUGAGAAAUUACUUAAACUUGUUGCAACCCAACAAUGGGAGGUAAGAAAGGGUUACUCGCGUGGUGUCCGUAAGGCAGCCUCCAAAGGUUGGUUCAUCGACUCCUAUGAUCAAGUCUACAUUAUGAUUUCUCCGCCAACCGAUAUUCUUGAUAGGAAGACUAAGACUGCUGCUUUUCAAGUAGUGCUGACACGAGACUGUCUCAAAAGCCACUCACAAGAAGAUGCCAAUAAACGCAACGAAGAAUUCUUCACCAAACUUUCCGUCGACGCCCACUCCGAGAGCGAACCUGUGUGCCAAUUCACACACGCCAGCGCUGCAUGUUUCGUCUAA